GGGGGGCGAUGUCUUCCUGGAGGGGAAGCAGCUUUGUUGGGAAAUCGGGGCCCUGCAGCCCCACACCCCGGGACUGUAAGGACCCUCCUUGCUUGCAGGGGCUUCCUUUGAGUGCAUUGGAGAAGUAGGCUCUGGAUCUUGCCUGCUUGAAUCCUGCACAGCCUGUGAGUGCUGGGAAGCGGUGGGGGGCAGAUCUGGGGUAGGUUGGGGGUUGAGAGAGAGGGAGCUUGUCCUGCUGUAAGUGCCUGGAAUAAAUGGGGGAGAGGGGUGCGCUCACCCUUGCAGGAGCCUGCCUUAAAUUACAUGCAGUAGAAUAAUAAUAAUAAUAAUAAUAAUAAUAAUAUAACGAGCCUCCACCUUGCUUGGGGGAGCAGGAGGGCCUUGGAAGCUGCUCUGCAUGCAGAAGGUGCAAGGUCCAAUCUCUGGCCUGUCUGGGUAAAGCUGGAGAGACACUUGCCUGAAACCCCCUGAAAUGCUUCUGCCAGCCUGAGCAGGCAACACUGAAGCUCAGUGGACCCAUGGUCUGACUGGAUAUAAAGGUAAAGGACCCCUGACCAUUAAGUCCAGUCGCGGACGACUCUGGGGUUGCGGCGCUCAUCUCGCUUUACAGGCCGAGGGAGCUGGCGUUUGGCCGCAGACAGUUUUUCCGGGUCAUGCGGCCGGCAUGACUAAGCCGCUUCUGGCGAACCAGAGCAGCGCACGGAAACGCCGUUUACCUUCCCACCGGAGCAGUACCUAUUUAUCUACUUGCACUUUGAUGUGCUUUCGAACUGCUAGGUUGGCAGGAGCUGGGACCGAGCAACGGGAGCUCACCCCGUCGGGGGGGAUUCGAAACUUGACUGGAUAUACAUCAGCGUAAAAGAAGACGGGGACCCUGUCACAGAAUCACAGAACUGUAGAGUCGGAAGGGACCCCGAGGGUCAUCUAGUCCAACCCACUGCAAUGCAGGAAUCACAGCUAAAGCAUCCAUGAUAACAAGGUAGAAGGAAGCGGGGAGAGAUCCUUAAAGCAAAGCUACGAUCAAGUGCUGAUUUUUAUUUUAUUUUUUACUUUAUGGUCAUCUGUCACGUAUGUUUUAGCUGAGAUUCCUGCAUUGCAGCGGGUUGGACUAGAUGACCCUCAGUGUCCCUUCCCACUGUACAAUUCUGUGAUUGUAUGGGCAGGCAAGCCGCUUGCCGUCAGAGACACUGUACCACAGUAUUUCACCGUGGGUAAGGAAACCCCGUUGUUACUGGCAAACGGGUCACUUGGGAUGCUCAGUUACGCCUUUUAUCCAUCUUUGAGGGUGCUAAGGCUGAACUUAUUUGUCAGCAGUUAGAAUUGGUAUGUUAGGGUUGGGCAGGAGGUCCCUGAGGGUCAUCUAGCCCAACCCCCUGCAAUGCAGGAAUCACAGCAUUAAUUAAUUAAUUUGAUACCUGCCGCUUGUUUAGUGAUCUCUCAAGAAUGGAAGGCUGCAUCUUGCUACUCUUUCAGCAUGUGGUUUUAAAAAGCUGUGCCCAUUGCCGUUUCUGAAAAACUGAUCCUAUAAGAUAUGUGCUGUCAAAGGCAAUUGCAGCACAUAUUGUUUUUGCUUGUUAUUAUGGAGCGCCUUUUUGUGUUUUUAUAUUAUAAACCACCCUGCGAUCCUUGGAUGAAGGGCAGUAUAGAAAUUUAAUAAAUCAUAAUAAUAGUAAUGGGGACCCUCAUAUUUUGCCUCAGGUUGGGGGGCUGUUUGUGAUUUAUAGGACCAACCAAUCUCAUGGCUGGCACAUGUGAUUUUAUCUGGUGACGUUUUAUGAAUUCCUGAUAUAUUUUGCAAUAAAUUUGAACUUUGUACCCUGCCAUGAAAUAUAUUUUAUGCUAUACAGUGGUACCUCGGGUUACAUACGCUUCAGGUUACAGACUCCGCUAACCCAGAAAUAGUGCUUCAGGUUAAGAACUUUGCUUCAGGAUGAGAACAGAAAUUGUGGCGUGGCGACAGCGGGAGGCCCCAUUAGCUAAAGUGGUGCUUCAGGUUAAGAACAGUUUCAGGUUAAGAACGGACCUCCGGAACGAAUUAAGUACUUAACCCGAGGUACCACUGUACAUUAUUUCUUCAGCUUUUUAAACUUGUUAUUCCUCUUCCCUUUAUGUUUAUUCUUCAUUAUGCAUUUUAGUUUGUUGUUUCGUUUGUUGCCUUUGUAAGAAAAGAAAACCAUAUUAGCUCACAGACUCUAGCCCAAAUCUGCUUUUUUCUUUCUUUUUUUAAUUUGAUUUUUCUUACCUGGAGAGAAAUAGCUUUAUUCACUGAGAUCUGGUAAAUAAUAUAAUGGGGAGUCUUUAUAUUUUGCUUCAUAUAUAUAAAGCAUAAUUAUCUGCUUGAGUGGGGGGGAGGCAAUUGGUAACCCCUCAGCCAAGUCGCAGUGAAUAGCAUCCAAAGCUCCGCAAGUUAUUUUGGCAUAUGAGGCCCCUUGCAAGACACCCUUUUGCUCGUGCAUUUGUGGUGAUUUUCCUCCUGAUGCUCUGGGCAAGGCCACACACAACCCCACUCCCAAAACUGCAUACACUUGCAAUUGUUUGGAGGUGGUUGCGCUGCUCCAUUUUGCAGUUGAUGCAUAUUCCGUAGCUUCCUGCUGAAAUGCUGUCCCUUUUCACACCACAAAUGUUCCCGCUCCCGUUUUUGUGGAGUUGCAGCCCCCCCUCCAGGCAUCAGUCAUGGGGCAGCAUUGGGAAAACGUUGCCGAGCAAACAAAAGCAGAACAAAUCCACCGUUAAUGUGCUGUUACUGUGUAAGGAACAUGUUGCACAAUCCACUAGCGUUGAAAACCACCCAUUCACUCCAGACGGCCUGAACCAGCUUUUGUUUUGUUUUGUUACUGGAGACGGUUGGACAGUUAAGGAACUUUGUUUUGUGGGACCGACCUCUGUUUCUGAAGCUCUACACUUCUGUUUGGUUGGAAUGGCUUUAUUCUAGAGAUUGGUUUGCUUUUAAAAAUAAUUGUAGCCGUCUUCUUUCAAUAGGGACAAAUGUAAGGCCCUGCACUUAGGCAGGAGGAACCAGAUGCACAAAUAUAGGAUGGGGGACGCCGACGCCUGGCUUGCCAGUAGUACAUGUGAAAAGGUGGAACACAAACUUAGCAUGAGUCAACAGUGUGAUGCAGCAGUGAAGAAAGCUAUUGCUGUUCUAGACUGCAUCAACAGAAGUCUAGUGUCCAGAUCAAGGGAAGUCAUAAAAGGUAAAGGUAAAGGGACCCCUGACCGUUAAGUCCAGUUGCGGACGACUCUGGGGUUGUGCACUCAUCUCACUCUAUAGGCCGAGGGAGCCGGCGUUUGUCUGCAGACAGCUUCCAGGUCAUGUGGCCAGCAUGACUAAGCCGCUUCUGGCGAGACCAGAGCAGCGCACGGAAACGCCGUUUACCUUCCCGCCGAAGUGGUACCUGUUUAUCUGCUUGCACUGGCCUGCUUUCAAACUGCUAGGUUGGCAGGAGCUGGGACCAAACAACGGGAGCUCAACCCGUCGCGGGGAUUCGAACCGCUGACCUUCUGAUGGGCAAGCCCAAGAGGCUCAGUGGUUUAGACCACAGCGCCACCUGCGUCAAGGGAAGUCAUAGGCCCGCUCUAUUCUGCCUUAGUCAGACCACACCUGGAAUACCGUGUCCAGUUCAGGGCAGCAACAUUUACGAAGGACGUUGACAAGCUGGAACAUGUGCAGAGGAGGGCAACCAAGAUGAUCAAGGGGUCUGGAAACCAAGCCUUAUGAGGAAUGGUUGAAGGAGUUGGGUAUGCCUGGAGAAGACAAGACUGUGGGGUGAUGCGAUAGCCAUCUGAAGGGCUGUCGCAAGGAACAUGGAGCAAGCGUGUUUCCUGCUGCUCUAGAGGGUGGAGCCAGUGGGUUCAAAAAAACAAGAAAGGAGAUUACGAUUAAACAUUAGGAAGAGCUUUUCUGGCGGUAAGAGCAUUUGAAUGGACUUCCUCGGAAGGUGGUGGACUGGCUUUCAUUGGAGGUUUUAAAGGAGAGUUUGGGUGGCUAUCCAUCCAUCAGGGAAGCUUUCGCUGAGAUUCCUGCGUUGCAGAGGGUUGGAUUGGACUGGAUGAUCCCUUCCAACUCCACGGUUAUGUUUGUUUGAAUAACUCUGUAUUACAUUGUUGUAACCCACCGUGUAAGAAAUCUUUAUCAAUCCAUAUAUAUGAUGUUGGGAGAAAGCAUUGCUCCGAAAUUCAUUGCUUUUCUUCAGCCCACAGGGUACAGAACCAUAGACCAGACUCAAACUGGAUUAUCCUCUCCUUCCACUGGAAAGAAAAUGAACGAAACAGAUCCAGUUCAGGUAAGAGAUGUCUAUCAUAAUAUGCCUCUGUGCACGCAAGAUUUUGUUCUGGAAUCAAUGGAAUUUCCAGCACUGGUAUCCAGAGGCAUUCCUGCCUCUUCUUGGUUCUUCCAUCUUGCUGAGAAGUUGAGAGUGGCAGCGUCCCAGGAGAGGCAAUGUUCUGUGGCAGCUCCUAAAUAGUGGGGCUCCCUCCCCACAGAGGUGCGUCCGACACCUCGGUAUUCAGAUUUUGGUGGAUGCUGAAGAUGCACCUCUUUACCCCGGCCUUAGACACCUGAGGUGUUUUUGGAGCCCACUGUAUUUCCUUUUUUUAUUAUUAUUAUUAUUAAUUUAUUAUUAUUGUUGUUAAAAUAAUUCAGGAGUAAUACACAUACGUUACAAAUAUACAAGCAUACAAACAUACAUUUCAUACAAUUCUUAAAAGUGUUCAAACAUGCCUACACUCAAUCCCACAGAUAAUUCCUUUUCCCAUCACCAUCCACCACCCCUCACCCCACCCUUGUGUUAGACUUCCAAUCUACUCAAUUACAAUUUCUUUCCACUUCUAUUACUUUCUUUCACACACUUUUAACCUAAUUUCAUACUUCUUUCUCUAUUACACAUUGUUAUCCAUCUUAUUUAGUAUUUCGGUAUUUGAAACAGAACUUGUUUAGUCUAAUAGGAGUUCUGAUUUUUCGAUAUGAUUUUGCAAGUAUCUUUCAAACACCUUCCAGUCCCUAUCUAUCUUCUCUUUUGAGAUCCUUCCAAUUUCUCCCAUUGUUUUGGAUAUAUUGUAGUACUCCAAUACCGUAUUUUUUGCUCUAUAAGACUCACUUUUUCCCUCCUAAAAAGUAAGGGGAAAUGUGUGUGCGUCUUAUGGAGCGAAUGCAGGCUGCGCAGCUAUCCCAGAAGCCAGAACAGCAAGAGGGAUUGCUGCUUUCACUGCACAGAGAUCCCUCUUGCUGUUCUGGCUUCUGAGAUUCAGAAUUUAUUUUUUUUCUUGUUUUCCUCCUCCAAAACUAGGUGCGUCUUGUGGUCUGGUGCGUCAUAUAGAGCGAAAAAUAUGGUAAUUUGGCAAGCCACUCUAUUUUUGUAGGUACAAUAUUACUUUUCCAAUUUUUCGCAAUCAAUAGCCUUGCGACUACGGAGCCCAGUCUAUUUCCAUGACCGCAAUCUGUUUUAGCUGUUUCACAUUCUGGAUCUUAAAUUGUCAUAACCCGCCCUGGGACCUGCUGGUGAAUGGCAGGUGGUGGUUGUAAAUAAUAAUAAUAAUAAUAAUAAUAAUAAUAAUAGCUGCAUUUUUAUGCACAAUUUCUUCCAAUAUAUGCAUUUUUGUACUUACCGUUUACUUGGAGAACUACAAUGCAAGAUUCAGGGAAAUGUGAACUUCAAAGGAUGGGUGUGAAGUGCAAAUCAGGUACUUUUAUUGGCCCCAAUAUAAGCCACCCCCCCAAAAAAAAAACAUUCCGACUGCGAAAAGUUAAAGCAUGGCUUAAAUUUGCGACCUUACAAAUUUGGCUUUUACGAUAUCCCUGCUGAAACAGACAUACGGUAAAAUGGAACAAAAAAAGUUUUAUUACCGAUUUGCGAGCUGGAGACUGUUGUGCAAUUGAUUCCAGUGUCACUCAUCGAUUUUCCUGUGUUUUACAGUGAAUUAUAGAUUUUUUAGGCGCUGUGGGUUAAGCCACAGAGCCUAGGACUUGCUAAUCAGAAGGUUGGAGGUUCGAAUCCCUGCGACGGGGUGAGCUCCCGUUGCUCGGUCCCAGCUUCUGCCAACCUAGCAGUUUGAAAGCACGUCAAAGUGCAAGUAGAUAAAUAGGUACCGCUCCGGCGGGAAGGUAAAUGGCGUUUCCGUGCGCUGCUCUGGUUCGCCAGAAGCGGCUUAGUCACGACUGGACCUAAUGGUACCUUUUUUAUAGUUCUACGAACAGGGGUUUAACCCACUUGCGGGUCCUCUCUGAUACCCGUAGGAUUUUCUUCUGCAUUUGCCACUUACAGGGAUUCUGGGGCUUGGCUACCUGGCUGAGUUCUCUUUGUCCUUGCAGGAGCCGGUGACCUUCGAAGAUGUGGCCGUAUAUUUCACGGAGGGCCAGGCUGCUUUGCUGGAUCCAGCCCAAAGGUCCUUGUACAAGGAGGUCAUGCUGGAGAAUUAUGGGAACGUCGCCUCGCUGGGUAAGCAGCCUCCUUUCCCAUUUCGGCCAGAAGACUUGGUUGAUGUCAUAUUGAGCAGAAGUUUGCUUUGCCUUGUGUCUGCUACGUCCAGGGCUUUUAGUGUGGCGGCCUCUGUCCCUUGGAAUGCAGACCCCACCCUUUUCAAUUCUUAUUUGUAUGUUUUGAAGGUUUACAAAUAUAAUGCUUUCUAAUUGAUUUCCACUUGCCGUUUGACUUCCCCUCCACCCCUCGGGGGUUUCCCUAUCUUUUCUAAUAUCGCUGCAUAUUAUAGCUAUUCUGUAUCUUAUGCUUUCCACUUGUUCCCAAAUACUCAUUUUACUGCAGUUCUUCAUUCAGAUCCUACCUGUGUUUUUACAUGUUUACAAUGAUGCUUUAAAUAUUCUGCAGAAGGUUUCCAAUCCUCCUGCCUCUUCUGGAUCUAGUUAACCUGGCCAAUUAGAAUGCGUUCCCAAAUGGACAGCUGGAAGUCAUUUGCAGCACUGGAAUCCAGGUGUCUGCUUAAAACUCACCUGUUCACCCACACUUUCCCUGUGGAGGGAUCCAGCUAUGUUUGAUGCAUCAAGCGGAUCUAUUAUUCUGCGAUGCGUUUUGUACUUUUAUUAUGAGUGCAGUUGUUGACUUUACACUGUUCAUCCCAUGAUAUGUGUUUAACGUUGGGGCAAGAGAAAUUUUUGCAAGUAAAAUAGAUACUUAUAUUGAUCAGUGCCUUCCCCCUUCCCCUCUUAUUUAAGAGAAGGAGUUUGGCGUAAUUGUUUUUUAAUAGUUGAAAACAAUGAUGGCCGUGUCCCACUUCCACUUUCAGAGCCAGUAAAUGCCUCUGAAUAACAAUUGUGUGUAGAAAUUAUUAUUAUUAUAUUUAUUUAUUUAUUUAUACCCUGCCCAUCUGGCUGGGUUUCCCCAGCCACUCUGGGAGGCUUUCAACAGAAUAUUAAAAUACAAUAAUCUAUUAAACAUUAAAAGCUUCCCUAAACAGGGCUGCCUUCAGAUGUGUUCUAAAAGUCUGGUAGUUGUUUUUCUCUUUGACAUCUGGUGGGAGGGCGUUCCACAGGGUGGGUGCCACUACUGAGAAGGCCCUCUGCCUGGUUCCCUGUAACUUGGCUUCUCACAGGGAGGGAACCACCAGAAGGCCCUCAGAGCUGGACCCCAGUCUCCGGGCAGAACAAUGGCGGUGGAAGCGCUCCUUCAUGUAUACUGGACCGAGGCCGUUUAGGGCUUUAAAUGUCAGCACCAACACUUUGAAUUGUCCUCGGAAAUGUACUGGGAGCCAGUGUAGGUCUUUCAAGACCGGUGUUAUGUGGGCUCGGCGGCCGCUCCCAGUCAGCAGUCUAGCUGCCGCAACUAGCCUAUUGUGCGAAAGUGAAAUUUCCAUCAAUUGCUCCGCCCACUUUUACCUCUGGCCACGCCCACCAGAGGCAUGUGGCCCUGGGAAUGUCAGGUCCCCACCCCUGACCUGCGUGAACAUAGCAAAUGAAUGAAAUUUAAAAACGGAGAUAGGUAUGGGAGUUCAGGCAAAUCCCUCUUGAUUUUUUUACCUUCUUCUGAUUUCCCAAGGUGGAUCUGAAGACCCCAAGCCAGCCCUGAUUUGCCAGCUGGAGCGAGGGAAAGAGCCGUGGGUGGCUAAUCUUCGGCGCCUGGGCGAAGAGUCACUCAAGGCAACCUCAGGUGAGACAGCAUCCAAGUGAGUGGCAGGAGUGGGACCCUGCCUGCAUAAACACCUCUGCUCUGAGAUCUGCUAUACAGUGGUACCUCGGGUUACAGACGCUUCAGGUUACAGACUCCGCUAACCCAGAAAUAGUGCUUCAGGUUAAGAACUUUGUUUCAGGAUAAGAACAGAAAUCGUGCUCUGGCGGCGCGGCGGUAGCAGGAGGCUCCAUUAGCUAAAGUGGUGCUUCAGGUUAAGAACAAUUUCAUGUUAAAUACGGACCUCUGGAACGAAUUAAGUACCAUAUUUUUCACCCUAUAGGGCGCACUGGCCCAUAGGACGCACUUAUUUUUUGGGGGGGGGGGGAUAAAGAAAAAAAAAUAUUUCCCCCCCGAGCCCCAAAGAACAAAGAAGCCAUGACAGCGAGUGGGAUGGUCUUGGCUUCGUUUUUAGCCUCGGGGCUGGGGGUCCGGGAGCGAAGGCAAGGUGGCGCUCAACCUCGCCAUCGCUCCCGUAGCUUGCCGGGCUGGGGGUGGGGGAAGCCCAAGCUUCCCCCGACCCCAGCCCCCAGAACGGGUCCGGGAGCGAUGGCGAGGUUGCGCUCAACUCCCGCCGGGCACCGCAGGCUUGCGGAUAGCUGCCCUAAGCCCGGGGGUGCACAGUGCCGCGCUCCCCGGGCUUCGGGCUGCAGGCAGCUAUCCCCAAGCCUUCUGAGCCCGCGGGAGUUCCCGCCGGGCUCCGCAGGCUUGCGGAUAGCUUCCUGAAGCCUGCAUUCGCCCCUUGGGCGCAAAACAUUUCCCCUUCAUUUCUGGAGGGGGAAAAGUGCGUCCUAUAGGGCGAAAAAUACGGUACUUAACCCGAGGCACCACUGUAAUGGCAAUAAUCUCCCCCCCUCCAGCCAUUUUGAAAAAAAGAGUGGCAGGGAAACAAAAUACCAAAUCAGGAUGCAGUGCUUGCUUAAAUAAAUAAAUCAAUAAAUCAAUAAAUCAAUAAAUCAAUCUCAACAGUGCCCUUUUUAUUUGUCAUCUGAAAAAAGGCCUCUCACAUUAGUACACCCAUCAUUCCUAGCUAGCAGGGCUAGUGGUCAGGGAUGAUGGGAAUUGGAGUCCAAAAACAGCUGGAGACUUGAUCUGGAAACCCUGAUCUAGAUUAAGUCCAUAACAGAAAGUUAGUUACGAGCACCACUGCUGAGAAGGAAGCCUCAGGGAAUUCAGUGUGCCAAGGAUUUCAGCUGAAUACUGAUAAUCCUUAGGUCAAGCAUUUCCUUCCAGAUGUGAAGAGUAAAUUUUGCUGGUGUGUUUUCUCCGAACAGGAGACUUGAAGAAGAAAAACGCGUGUCCGGAGUGUGGAAGAUGCUUCUCUGACAUGUCCGUCCUUCUUGAACAUCGGAGAUGCCACUCGACAUGGAGACCGUAUAAAUGUGUGGAUUGCGGGAAAUGUUUCCCUGGGUUUUCAGAGCUUUUGACGCACCACAGAGUCCACGUGGCUGAGAAAGCUUCUCAGUCCUCCGAGUCCGAGGAAGGUUUGGACAUCAAAACAGUCAUCGUCGGCCAUCAAGGAAUCCACACGGGAGAGAAACCUCACAAAUGCUUGGAGUGCGGGAAGUCCUUUGAUUUCAAGUCCACCCUGGCGACGCACAUGCGCAUCCACACGGGGGAAAAGCCUUACAAGUGCUUGGAGUGCGGGAAGUCGUUCGCUCGGAAAGGGAACCUUUCCGGUCACCGGAGACUCCACAUGACCGAGAAGCCUCACAAAUGCAUGGAGUGCGGGAUGUCCUUUGCGCAGCAGUCGAAGCUCGUCGGUCACCAGAGAGUCCACGAGGAGCUUUUCAAAUGCUUCGAGUGCGGGAAGUGUUUCCCUCACAAGGGCCUUCUCAUCGAACACCGACGGGUCCACACGGGAGAAAAGCCUUUCAAGUGCUUGGCCUGCGGGAAGUACUUUUCCCGGAAGUCGAACCUUGACGAUCACCAGAGAAUCCACACGGGGGAGAAGCCGUACAAGUGCUCGGUGUGUGGGAUGUGCUUCGCGGGCCGCUCGUCCCUCACCUACCACUACCGAGGCCACACCGGAGAGAAGCCCUUCAAGUGCCUGGAGUGCGGGAAGGAUUUCGCCGACCGCUCGUCGCUCCAGUACCACGAGAGAGGCCACACGGGAGAGAAGCCGUACAACUGCUUCGAGUGCGGGAGGAGCUUUGCCAGUCGUUCAUCUCUGGUUUGCCACCGGAGGACCCACACCGGCGAGAAGCCUUACCAGUGUGUGGAGUGCCUGAUAAGCUUUGCCGACAAGUCGGGCCUCAUAUGCCACGAGAGGGUCCACACAGGGGAGAAGCCGUACACCUGCCUGGAGUGCGGGAAAUCGUACUCCUUCCGCUCGUCGCUUGUUUGCCACGAAAGGUCCCACACGGGAGAGAAACCUUACCAGUGCCUGGAGUGCGGGAAGUCUUAUUCCGACAGGUCGUCCUUUGUUUACCACCAGGGGACACACACAGGAGAGGAACGCUUCAAGUGUCUGGAGUGCGGGGUGUGUUUUGCGCCAAAGCGGCCACUUUCCAGGAUCCAUGGCAUCCCGGUGGUACAGCACCCGAUUCAUCAUGAGAGCUGCUCUUUCUAUCUCAAGGCAAGUGAGCAGCCUGGCUCUUGCGACAGGGCAUUGGGGUCAGGCUUCAGGGAAUCCGACCCUUCCCAUGGUUGGCAGCCAAGAGGCAGAUGACAAGAAGAGCUCUUACCGAGUCUCUUAUUCACUAUUCACAGAGAGGCUUUGAAAAGUGCCUCUCCUUUCCAGGAAUGGUGUUGUUCCGAGUAAAGUCCCACCCCUUCCAUCUCUCCUAUUUAUACCCUGCCCUUCCCGGUUCAGAAAACCGGGCUCAGGGCGGCUAACAACAAAUUUAAAACACUUAAUUGAUGCAACCAAAAACAGCAUAAAAUACAGUAUAAAACAUGAAUAACAAUAAAUUCUGAAUUCAGAAAUCAGUUUAGGGGGAAAUUCCAUCCAAUAAACAUUAGAUGAUCACCAGGGCUAGCUGGCUAAAUUAGUUCUAUUUGGGCCAGUGAGGAGACCAGGGGAGAAUUAGCUGUGGGAUCCCAGAGCAGGUAAUCUUCAUAAAAAGGGGAGGGAGAGGGAAGGAAGGGGAAUAAAAGAUCAGGCUAAGUUCAAGUUGAAAGCCAGGCGGAAUAGCUCUGUCUUACAGGCCCUGCAGAAGGAAGUUAAAUCCUGCAGGGCCCUGGUCUCAAGGGACAGAGCAUUCCACCAGGUCGGAGCCAUCAUUGAGAAGGCCCUGGCGGAGGAUAAUCUGACUUCCUUAGGGCCCAGGACAACUAAACUGUGAUUAUUCAUGGACCUUAAGGUCCUGUGCGGGGCAUACCAGGAGAGGCAGUCCCGUAAAUACAAGGGCCCUAAGCCACAAAGGGCUUUAAAGGUCAAAACCAGCACCUUAAACCUAACCCAGUACUCCACCGGGAGCCAGUGCAACUGGUAAAGCACUGGGUGAAUAUGCUCCCAUGGCAGGAACCCUGUGAGGAGCCUCGCUGCAGCAUUCUACUCAAUAUUGAUCAUUCUACUCAAUAUUGAUUCCUAGCAGAUUCCAGUGUAUAGUUAGCAGAGUAAAAACUUAAGCACAUUGCGGGAUUCCCCCCAAAAUAGCCCAGAGGCAGUGAAUAUUUCAUCCAGUAGAGCUUUAUUGCUACUGAAGGCAAAUGAGCAUCAUGGUCACAAAUCCAAUAUUUUCAGCAUUGGCACUGUCCAUAAGAAAUCCCAGUUGCAACAGACUUAACUUUAACUUAUAAUAAGACUAAACUUAACACUAAGCAUACUUUGUACAGAACACCACACCAGAAAGAAAGAGAGCAACCCAAGCUGUUUCUGGUCUUACUAUUAUAGUCAGCAUGACCUUGACAGAAGAGAGAACAGGACCAGUUUAAGCCAGCUGUACUCAGCUUCUCUGAAGGAAUAACCCAAACAUCAUGGAGUUCUGCUUGGUUCUUUCACACACAGAAACUUCCGGAAGCUUCCAGAACCCUCUUGAAUUAAGUAGAAUAGGAAAGAUCUCUACACAUCAGAUCAAUACUUUCUGCACUAAGAAACUGAGACUUUCUGCCUUUGAGCUUUCUGCUCUCCUACUCUCAAUGCCCGCUGGGUCCUGGGAGAGGUGGGGGGUGGGGUCAGGUCUGGCAUGCUUUCCAAAGACACUGAGUCUGUCAGCUGUCUCUCCCCUGGUUCUGCUUUUUCCUCCCGCUCCUCUCCCAGUAUCCCCCAGCUUUUACCCUCUGCAGCCUUUGAACUGUGACCUUCUGCAAACCACUGUUCUGAAUCUAUACUGUCUCUCUCUUCUCUGGGAAGUGCAGGAGGAGAAGGGGGCGGUCUCCCCCAUUCCCCCUCAGUCCAGUCCCUAAUAUCUGAAGGCACAUUCCCUAGCCCUUGCAGGUGACAUUGAGGCUGGGUGUCAGCAGCCAGUGUGGCCAAGACCACUUAGAAACCCCACUCACAUAUCCCUGUCCAGCCCCACACGUCUGUAAGAAGAGCCUGCCUUCUGCAUCAGGCCAGAGGCCCACCUCGUCUUGCUUUCGAAAUGGUUAACCAUACGCCAGGGCCGGAUUAACCCUGUGUAGUCGAGAUCUCGGGCCCUUCUCAUGCGUGGGCUCUGGUGGUAUAGCACUGAACUAAGAAAGAUUGCUUGCAAUUUUCUUUCAAGAUCACAUCAAUGUUAUCUUGCUCCGUUGUCGCAGGGCCCCUAAAAGGGCCCAUAGACAUACUCUGCCAAUUUGGAAAUCCGGCACUGCCAGAUGCCCCAGUGGGAAGCUUGGAAGCAGGGCUCGAGGGCCACAGCGCUCUCUUCCCUUGCGGCCUGCAGCAACUGGCAUUCUGAGGCACGUGGCCUCCAACUGUGAGCGUGAAACACAGCCAUCGUGGCUGGUAGCCAUUGAUGGACAUAUACUCCGUGAAUUUGUCUUAAUCCAGGUGUGGGGAGCCUUUUUCCAAGCACUAUUCAAAGUGUUGGUUGUUGCUGUUUAGUCGUUUAGUCGUGUCCGACUCUUUGUGACCCCAUGGACCAGAGCACGCCAGGCACUCCUGUCUUCCACUGACUCCCGCAGUUUGAUCAAACUCAUGCUGGUAGCUUCGAGAACGCUGUCCAACCAUCUUGUCCUCUGUCGUCCCCUUCUCCUUGUGCCCUCCAUCUUUCCCAACAUCAGGGUCUUUUCCAGGGAGACUUCUCUUCUCAUGAGGUGGCCAAAGUCUUGGAGCCUCAGCUUCAGGAUCUGUCCUUCCAGUGAGCACUCAGGGCUGAUUUCCUUCAGAAUGGAUCAGUUUGAUCUUCUUGCAGUCCAUGGGACUCUCAAGAGUCUCCUCCAGCACCAUAAUUCAAAAGCAUAAAUUCUUUGGCAUGGACAAAGACAACAGGCAUAUAAAAGUUUUGGUGCUGACCUUUAAAGCCCUAAAUGGCCUUGGUCCUGUAUACCUGAAGGAGCGUCUCCACCCCCAUCAUCCAGCCCGGACACUGAGGUCCAGCUCCGAAGGCCUUCUGGCGGUUCCCUCCCUGUGAGAAGUGACGUUACGGGGAACCAGGCAGAGGGCCUUCUCGGCAGUGGCACCCGCCCUGUGGAACGCCCUCCCAGCAGAUGUCAAGGCAAUAAACAACUAUUUUACUUUUAAAAGACAACUGUUUAGGGAAGUUUUUAAUGUCUGAUGCUGUAUUGUUUUUAAUAUUCGGUUGGAAGCCUCCCAGAGUGGCUGGGGAAACGCAGCCAGAUGGGCAGGGUAUAAAUAAUAAAUUAUUAUUAUUAUUAUUAUUAUUAUUAUUAUUAUUACCCCUCCAGACACUGCUGAACUGCAACUCCCAUCAGCCCCAGCGAGCAUGCUGAUUGGCGGGGUUUGAUGGGAGUUGUAGUUCAGCAACCUCUGGAAAGCCAGAGGUUUCCCUGGUCCAGUCCUCUUGUCAAAGCUGUCCUGAGUCGGUGGCCAUCAUUGCCUCUUGUGGGAACAAAUUGUUCCCUUUUGUUCCCUUCGUUGGAUGUCCCCGAGUUCUUGUAUUAUGAGAGAGGGAGAAAAAGCUUACCCCUGUCUGCUUUCUCCACACCUUUGUAGGUAAAAUGUAUCUGGUUUCUAUUGUUGAACAGGUUGGCCUGUUUACCUUUUUUGUAUGAGGCAUGUGCUUCAGUGACUCGGGUGUUAGGGUGUCUAGAACGUUCAGAUUCCAAAAAUGAGGGGUACUUUUUUGGAAGCCAGAUGGGCAGGGUAUAAAUAAAUUAUUAGUAUUAUUAUUAUUAUUAUUAUUAUUACUAUUAUUAAAAAGUUUUAACAUGAUUUGGGAAUUUGGUAGAUAUAUUGGUUAAAUUAAUACAAUUUGGUUUUGCCUGAUAAGUAAAAUGUGUGUAAAAUUGCAUAGAAAUAGUUAAAAAUGGUUUCCAAAUGCUAGCAGUUUAAUAAUAAUAAUAAUAAUAAUAAUAAUAAUAAUAUUAAAGUAUUAUAGUAUGGUACUUAAUUUUAAUUAAUUAAGUGGCAAUAUGUUGUAUGUAUAUUUUUCCUUUUCUCUCUUUUUCUCCUAUUUUUUGUUUGUCAUUAUUAUUGUUAAUCUCUUCUUUUUUAUUAUGUUUUAUUACGUUUUUCUUUUUAUUAUGUUUACCUACUGAAAAUAAUAAAUAUUAUUUUUUUUAAUAAUAAUAAUAAUAAUAAUAAUAAUAAUAAUGAAUUACCUGACAUUUUCAGAAGGUAAAUUUAAAAUCCUUUGCUUUUCUUGUGGUCUUCUUCAUCAGAGGUAUGAUUACCAAGCUAAAAGCUGUCUAGUCACAAAAAUAAUAGCAGAUUUGUAUGCUCACACCCAAAAACAUAUUUUAAAGACCAUUCUCUGAAGAAAAUAGCAAAAAUUAUAUUUCACCCCCUAAAAUGACAUACUCAUGCAUGGUUUUCUUUUACCUGUUGAUGGUAUGAAUAAAAUUUUUAUACGGCAUUCUUUUUUUCCAGUUGAAAAUGGAAUCAGAAAUAAAAGAAGAAAAAUGAAGAGAGGAACCCAAGAGCAGCCACCUGAUCUUCGUGUGAAGGAAGUUGCAGUAUCUCUGUUUACACAAUAUCUCGGUUGAGUGUCUUGCAUCACUAGCACUUCGAUGUGGCGAGUAAGGAUCGGACAAAGGAGGCCUCCAUACCUGUAAUAUUAGGCUUUGUUCUUGGAAAAGGUUUUCCAUGGAGUUUGGGGCUGUAUACAUGCUACAUAAACCUUUGAAACAAGUUUCAAGUGCUUUAUUUCCCUCAGAGAAUUCUGGGCACUGUAGUUUUCCGCUCACAGAGGAGCAAUCCCCAACAGCGCUGAAGAAAACUACAAUGCCCAGAAUUCUUUGAGGCAAGGAGAAUGUGCUUUGAAGUUUGCAUACACACCAUACAUGGAAAACAGGUUUGAAGCACACAGGCUUCCCCCAAAGAACCCUGGGAAAUGUAGGCUGUUACAGGUGCUGGGAAUUGUAGGUCUGUGAGGGGUAAACUACGCUUCCCACAAUUCUUUGUAGAGGCGUCAUUUUCUUUGAAUGUGUAGUGUGUGUAUAACCUUUGAAACAUCCCCUUAGUCCAGAGCAGGCAUAGGCAAACUCGGCCC